AUGAUUGAGGAUGAUGUCACCAAGGUGCUGUGUGUCGAAUUCCUGGUGUCGCUGGGGACAGCGGUUCUCACUAUUGUUGCCAUGCCAUUCUUCGGCAUUGUGACCAAUGUGACGAUGCUGAACAGCAUCAGCAUCCUGUCCUCCAUCUUCCAGGUGGGCGCUCAGUGCAUUGCGAGGGAGAAGAAGCGAUUCAUAGUGCCCCCACUCAUCUCAUUAGUCCUCAUACUGUCAGGCUACGUGCUCUUCAUCCUCAGUUACCUGCUGAAAGAAGAUAGGGGGAUGAACGUCUGGAUCGGAUUGGCAAUAAUGGGGACCAUCUUUGUCUCGCUGAACUGGUGGGAGAACUACAGCACCCUCUUCAAAAGCUCCUUCCUGAACAGUAUAUCCGAAGACAUAGCGAGGUGCAGGAAUGUGGUGAGCAUCCUCUCUAGUCUGGUCCGUAUUAUGGUCACUGCAGCCAUGGUCGGGGCAUACAUCCCUCUGUCUGGCAGAGUCUGGUCGUCGGUGACAUCAGUUCCGGGAGAUGUGAGGUUGGUGAUCCUGAUCUUGGUGGCCGUCCAGAUAGUGUCCUCCGCUCUGUGCCAUUGGUUCGUGGUGGUGGCUUGCAAAAUGCACGCCAUGCGGCGAAGCUUCCUGUUGCCCAUGUACCUGGCCUCGUUAGGUGUUCUGGCAGCGUUCGUCGCUCCUGUCAUUAUCUUCUUCCAGAAUUCAAGUGACUCCAGAGGUGCUAACUACACCAUCACAGACUACUGCAAUGAUAUCACAUAUGGCAGGGGCCUAAGCGGCGAUACUUUCUGGUUUGAGAGGCUAGUCAGGGACAUCACCCAUACCCUCUGUCCCCAGCACAUGACCGACCUAACAGAAAUGGGCCUCUUGGGAGGCUCUGCACUAUGCUGGUGGUUGGGUUGGAUGCUGUGCACAAUGCACAUCUGGUUCCUCCAGCUUCAGCGCAUCGAGAGGACACAGAAUCUGUUUGUGCGGAGGAUGUACGAGGGGCCCUUUCUGGAGCAGUCCAUGCUGCUCAACACGCGUUUUGAGAUUCAGAGGAAGAAAACAAUCCACAGGCAAACUGAUCCAGUCACAGUGUACCUGUGUGCAACAAUGUGGCAUGAGAGCUAUGACGAAAUGAUGAAAAUGAUCAUCUCAAUGUUCAGACUGGACAAAUACAGGCCAAGGAAAGACACCAACAAUGAUGUGAGCUUCGAGUCUCACAUUUACUUUGAUGAUGCUUUUAAAGACGUGAAAGGUAGUAAAGGCCGGCAUGUGAACGAAUACGCAGAGGACCUGGUGGAGGUUAUCCGAGAGGUUUACAAUAUCUUCAAUGAGAAGGAUUCAUGCAUCUUCAAAGAGAGCCCACCCCUUCCAUGCCAGAGGAUCCUGCACACCCCUUACGGAGGUCGACUGGAGUACACCCUCCCUAAAGGCAACCUGCUGAUGGUGCACUUUAAGGACAAGCUACUGAUCCGCCACAAGAAGAGAUGGUCUCAGAUUAUGUACUUGUACUACAUUCUCGGCUGGCGACUCACCAGGAAGUAUUUCGAGAUGUUUGAGCAGGGUGAAGAUGAGCGCGAGCUGAGGAAAAAGAUGAUGAAGGACAAUACCUAUCUCCUGGCUUUGGAUGGGGACACCGACUUCCAGCCCUAUGCUGUAAUGCUCCUAAUAGAUCGGCUGAAACUUUAUCCACGUGUGGGUGCGGCAUGUGGGAGGAUUCACCCGACAGGCACAGGUCCUAUGGUAUGGUAUCAGAAGUUUGAGUAUGCGGUGGGCCACUGGCUUCAGAAGACUGCAGAGCACGUGUUUGGUAGCGUGCUCUGCAGCCCCGGCUGCUUCAGUCUGUUCAGGGGCACAGCCCUCAUGGACGACAACGUCAUGAAGAGAUACACCACUAAGGCCACGGAGGCUAGCCACUACGUACAGUACGAUCAAGGUGAAGACCGUUGGCUGUGCACUCUCUUGCUGCAGCAAGGCUGGAGGGUGGAGUACAACGCUGCGUCCGACGCCUACACCAACGCCCCCCAGGACUUCAAGGAGUUCUAUAACCAGCGUCGGCGCUGGGGGCCCUCCACCAUGGCCAACACCAUCGAUCUGCUGGGCUCAGGGUCUCUGACCUCCCAGAGGAACAGCUCCAUCUCCAAACCCUUCAUCCUCUACCAGAUUCUCAGCAUGGCCGCCUCCAUCCUAGGCCCGGCCACAAUCUGCCUAAUGAUCUCAGGAAGCUUGUCGUUCGUACUAGACAUCGAUCCCAAUGUUGCUUUGGUCCUUGCAACAGUGCCCCCUGUGGUGUACCUGUUGCUGUGCUUCAAGCUGAAAUCGGACACACAGAUCGCUAUAGCAGCCGUCAUGAGUGUCUUGUACGCUUUCCUCAUGAUAGGAACCGCUUUGUCCAUCGUAGGUGCUAUGGUUGAGCAGCAAACCAUUUGGACUCCUAGCGGCCUGUUUAUCAUAGGCCUGGUGCUGAUGAACAUCAUCACAGCAUUGCUCCACCCCAAGGAGUUCCAUCUGGUCGUCUACGGCCUCCUGUACUUCAUCUCUAUCCCCAGUGGCUACCUCCUGCUGACCAUCUACUCCAUGGUCAACAUGAACAAUGUGUCCUGGGGCACUCGGGAGACAGGUGUCCAAGUCGCUGCGCCACCACCAGCCAAGGCCAUCACACAGCGCAUCUUACAGGCCAAGUGCUGCAAGUUUCUCUGUUGGGACUGUGGAAAAGUGGCAGACCAGAAUGGUCAGUUGCCAGAAACAGUUGUGUUGGCUAAUGAGCCAAAGGUGAACCCUAAUCUGACCUCUCAGGACAAUAACAGGAAUGUGGAAUUCUGUUCUCAUCAGUCUACUGAACAAAACUUUGUAACACAACUGCAGAAGAAGUCCUAUGACUUAACUCUAAAUGAAUAUUUUCUUGUGAAGGAAGAGGUGGACUUUUGGAGAGAGCUCCAGAAGCUCUAUUUGGAACCUCUGGCUGAGGAUAAAGACAAACAGAAGAAAAUCACAAAUGACCUAAAAGAACUGAGAAACAAGGUGACUUUUAUCUUUUUCAUCUGCAAUGCCAUGUGGCUGGUGGCAACGUUCACUCUUCAGGCCAUUGGAAACUCAGUCACCAUCAAAAUCCCAAAAUCCAAUCUCAAUCUGACUCAGACUAGGGAGUAUCUAUUUAUCGAUCCAGUGGGACUGAUGUUCCUUUUGGGAUUUGCAUCCUUACUGCUGAUCCAGUUCUUUGCCAUGUUCUACCACAGAAUUUACACUCUGAUCCAUUUCGUGGCAUUUGUGAACACGGAGUCCAAGACUGAGAAAAGACAAUCAGACGAUGGCAUGCAGAUUCCUGACAUGCUGGAGACUGAGCUCAAAGAUGACAAAUACUUUGACACAUUUCUGUCUAUAGAGAAUCCAGCAGCAAUCCAGCAACAAGACCAAGAAACUCCAGUGUGAGGUCUUACUACUGAGUGUCCCUUAGUGGUAGCAGUUGCAGCUAAAAUAGUAAUAGGAGUCGGAUACUGCAGUUUUGCGUUAGAUGUUGCACAGUUAGAUAUAGUAGUAUUGAGGGAGAAUGUUCCAAAUAGUAUAGAUUAUAGAGAGUAUUUAUUGGAUUUGAUAGAGUUAACCUUUGUUUAACCAGAAAAAGAGCCGUGAUGAACCUCUUUUGCGAGGGCAGUGUGAACGUACAAUACAAGAGCAAAGACGGGGACAAAACAUUAAAAACAAUUGCAGCGGUCAACAACAUGUAUUAUAGCAUAACGGAGUAUAACAAUUGAAUGUGAGUUAAAUCUCAGGGAAAUGUGAUAUAAUGUUCUCAUGUUGUGCUAUUUCAUGUGUGAUCAAUUGUUGUAGCUUGUAAUCUUUGUUUGCUCUUUGUGUGCUUUCCCUUUUUUAAAUCAAAUGCUUUGUUGUGAAUCACUUCCUAUUAGUAUUUUGGUUAGCAGUUAUACUUUUCCCUUUUGAGUGAAGCACUUUACCUGUAUAUUGCACUGAUAUAUUGAGAUUUUUUUAGUGGAGUUAUGUGUGCUAUGUAUUUAUUAUGUAACUGAAUAGAAUGUAUAAUUAGAGUAUUUUUUUGUUAUUUAA